GAUGCCCUCGUUGUCCUAGACGUGACACACUCCAACCUCGAACAACGCCACGCCGAGCUACGGUUCGCCAAACAUGAUAGCCUGGAGACGUUACGGACGCGCAUUCACCAAAAGACCGGCACAUCGGCUCAAUUUCAGCACUUGCUCGUUUACGACAACCACGACGAUAACAGUUUACUGCACGAGAUACCACCCGAAACCUCGGACGACAUCAAACUGGGCUAUUUCGGUAUCCUACACCACGGAAUGCGGGUGCACUGCGUAGACCUCAAUCCUCACUCGGGCUCUGCCGGAGGCGCUUACGAAGAUGUUUCGUUAGUGGAGAAAUAUCGCAUGACGGAGGAUGAAUACGAUGCCCGUAAAGGUACGCUACGAGAUUGGGGACGCCAGCAGCGAGAGCUUGUUGUGGACGAACCCGAUGUGGUGGCACCCAUCAAAAUGUCAGAAAUGGUUGGAUCAGAUGAGUACGGACUGGACUCGGUAGCUCACUGUCAGGUUGGGCAACGCUGUCAGGUAGAGCCGGGUCAGAGGAGGGGCGAAAUAGCUUUUAUUGGAAAACUUUCUCAGGAAAAGCCGGGCCACUGGGUUGGUGUUCGCUUCGACGAACCAGUCGGUCAGAAUAACGGAGUGGACAACGGUGUUGUGUUUUUCGAAGCAAUGGAUCGAUACGGUGCGUUUGUUCGUGGUAAAAAAGUUGUAACCGGAGACUUUCCAGAGCGCGACAUCUUCGAUAGUGAUGAC